UAUGAAUUAUAACUAUAAAUAUUAGACACAGACCACAGCGCCGCCUCAACAUCUCAAAACUCUAUCCCUAAUCCCUUUCUUCGUCUCUCAUCGCUCUGCAAACCCUCGCCUCCGAUUUCAGGUGUUGUUGAACCUUCCUGUUGUUGGCUUGGUACCCGUGCAAGUUCUGCCGUGUAGCAGAUUCCAAGGUGAAGGUGUCACGUUAAAGUUUCUUUCAUGUUUGAACAGGCUACUAUCCAUUUGGGAGCAACUGAGCUGCUUGGAGAGUAUUUUUCUUCCUCUAGAAAAAAUUACAGACCCUCACCACAGACAGUUAGCUGUAUGCAUUGCGAGACAUACCAGAAAUUCACUCAGUUUUCUGCUUGCGGUUGGCCUCCUUCCAUUAUCCUUGAAGGAGAUUCUUCAAGGGUGAAAGCUAACUUAAAGGCUGAAAGUUUGAAUUCCGGCAUUUGCUGCCUCUGAAUAUCCUUUGUGACUUUGUGAGUCAACAUGGCUUUACAGAACAUUGGUGCUGCUAACAGUGAUGAUGCCUUCUACAGGUAUAAGAUGCCUAGGAUGAUUACCAAAAUUGAGGGUAGAGGUAAUGGCAUCAAGACUAAUGUUGUCAAUAUGGUUGAUAUUGCAAAGGCAUUGGCGAGGCCGGCAUCCUACACAACCAAGUAUUUUGGUUGUGAACUUGGGGCCCAGUCAAAAUUUGAUGAGAAGACCGGCACUUCUCAUGUCAAUGGAGCGCAUGAUACUGCAAAGCUUGCCGGCCUUCUGGAGAACUUCAUUAAGAAAUAUGUCCAGUGUUAUGGUUGUGGAAAUCCUGAAACUGAGAUCAUAAUUACUAAGAACCAAAUGAUCCAGCUGAAAUGUGCUGCUUGUGGUUUUGUGUCUGAUGUUGACAUGCGAGACAAGCUAACUACUUUUAUCAUUAAGAACCCUCCAGAAGUUAAGAAAGGAUCCAAAGACAAGAAGGCUAUGAGGAGAGCUGAGAAGGAGAGACUGAAGGAAGGUGAAGCAGCUGACGAGGAACUGAAGAAACUGAAGAAAGAGGUUAAAAAGAAAGGCGCCACAUCUUCAAAGGAUGUCACUGCUAAAUCCACCACUUCAAAGAAGAAAGCAAAUGGCUCUGAUGAAGACCGCACAUCACCUACUCACAGUCAAGUUGAUGAGAAAGAGGAGGCUCAUGAUGAAGAUGAUGAUGAUGACGUGCAAUGGCUGACAGAUACAUCCCUUGAUGCUGCUCGUCAACGUAUCCAGGAACAGUUAAGUGCUGUGACAGCUGAUAUGGUUAUGCUUUCUACAGAUGAACCUGAGAAGAAGAAAAAGGCUGCAAGUAACGGAAAUGGUGGUUCUCAGAAUGGUAACUCAAUGUCCUAUGGAACCCUGGUUGGUGAAGUGAAAGCAAAUUUGAAGAAAGGUGUUGGGGCGAAGGAAUUGAUGUCUCAUCUUGCAGCACUUACUGUACCUGCUCAAGAAAAGAUCAGUGCUCUGGUUGAAGCUCUCUUCGAGGGAACUGAGAAAGGUUUUGCCAAAGAAGCUAUUAAGAAGAAGAACUACCUUGCUGCUGCUGUUGGCGAGGAGGGAUCCCAGUUGUUAUUGCUUAAUGCUUUUGAGGAAUUUUCUUGCAAGUCUACUUCUAAUGCUUUGAAGGAGGUUGCCCUGGUUCUAAAGGCACUCUACGAUGCUGAUGUUUUGGAGGAAGAGUUCAUUGUGCAGUGGUAUCAAAAGGGACUGAAGGGCGAUAACAAGAAAUCUCAGAUUUGGAAAAAUGCUCAACCUUUCAUUGAUUGGCUUCAGAAUGCAGAAUCAGAAUCUGAGGAAGAAUAAUUGUGCUCGUCAUUAUGGAGAAAGCAUAAUUUUCCCAGAUCAUCCGGUACUUGUGUUUGCUUGCUUAUGUCGUGUCCUUUGUUUCCAAUAAAGGGUCAUGUUGGCCCUGUGUUGUUGAACUACUAUAACAUCUAAGCUUUUGUGCGUACGGUGCAUGCAUGUCUGGACAUUAGCAUGUACUCUUUCUUAUUUUUAUGUAUUUGGUUUUUGAUGAUUAUGUUUUAUGUUUAAGUAAAAGCGUGUUGUUAUUAUGAUGCGGUUUUCUGUACGUCUCAUGUUUGUUCAGACAUGUGGUUGAUAUGAACAUUCUCUACAUUUGUAGGGAAUUACAAUAAGAUAAGUUUUGUUGGAUCA